GACAGUCUCUUUUUAUAUACUCCGUAUUUUCCUUUGAAGUGAAGCCUUUCAUGCUUUUCCCUCCGCCCAUGGCUCUUUCACUUCAUGCGUCAAAACCUAAUCCACAUUUCAGUUACAAUUGCUCCAGUCCCAAAGCUUCCAAACUCCCCCAUUUCUUCCCAUGGCAAAAGGUAAAGGUGGGACCUUUAAGCGUAUCGCCUAUGGGGUUUGGGACAUGGGCAUGGGGAAACAAGGUUCUUUGGGGAUAUGAGGAAUCCAUGGACACUCAGCUUCAGCACACUUUCAAUUUUGCUCUUGAAAAUGGGAUCAACCUGUUUGAUACUGCCGAUUCCUAUGGAACGCUUGGGUUGAAUGGACGAAGUGAGAAGCUUCUUGGCAAGUUCAUCUGUGAAUUUCAAGGAAGUAAGAAGGUGCAAGAUGACAUUGUGAUUGCUACAAAGUUUGCAGCAUAUCCGUGGCGCCUGACCCCUGGACAGUUUGUGAAUGCUUGCAAGUAUGCUUCAUCAUCAUCAUUUCAUCUCAGAUUGAACUAAUGUCUUCUUUAAAGAGGAUGCAAAUUGAACAAAUUGGGAUUGGACAAUUGCACUGGUCUACUACAAACUAUGCACCUCUACAAGAAAAAGCUCUCUGGGAUGGUUUAGUGGCAAUGUAUGAGAAGGGGUUAGUUCGUGCGGUUGGUGUAAGCAAUUACGGACCAAAACAGCUUCUGAAAAUACAUAAUUACCUUGAAGCACGCGGAGUUCCCUUAUCGUCCGCUCAGGUACAAUUCUCAUUGCUGAGUAUGGGAAGUCAGCAGAUGGAAAUUAAAGAUAUAUGUGAUUCUUUGGGCAUACGCUUGAUCGCUUACAGUCCCCUUGGUCUUGGCAUGCUUACUGGAAAAUACAGCCCUUCCAAUCUCCCUAAAGGGCCUAGGGGCUUCCUGUUCAGUAACAUUCUACCUGGGCUGCAACCUUUGAUGAAGUCCUUAAAAGAUAUAGCUCGAAAAAGGGGCAAAACUGUACCUCAGGUUGCAAUUAACUGGUGUUUGUGCAAAGGCACGAUUCCCAUACCGGGAGUUAAGUCAGUGAAACAAGCUGAAGAAAAUGUAGGUGCCCUUGGGUGGCAACUAGAUGCGGAUGAGUUGACAGAGUUGGAACAUGGAGCUCUUCAAUCUCCGCGAAAGAUGAUUCAGAACAUCUUUCAAACCACCUAGUCAUUACUUUAUUCUCUCUUGUGAAAACUGUGUAAAGAGUAAAGACAGGCAGGGGCCAUUUCAUUUUAGAAGUAACGGGCUCAACCUUUUUUAUUGCCCACAAGCCAGGAAAAAAAUCUAAUUAAUACUCAAAAUGUGAUUUCUUGUGUAAUUGGGUUAUUUGGGUACAAUGUAAAUAGGGAAAAGUAUGGAAAAGAUAUUUGUGGUUGGACCCGUUUUCAUAUAGGGUCAUAUGUUUCAUCCUUUAUCAAAGUGGUUCAUGUGUUUGAAUUCCGUUAUCACAAGAGGGUCAUGUCGUUAAAAACAUCUGAAAAAGAUCGUUAAAAGUAAUUUCGAUUUUCAAAAGUGCUCGGAAAAUUAAAAGAAAAAUACCGAAAGGUGUGCCUUGUUAAGAUGACCUCCAAGGCUCCAAACCACCUUUGCAUUUGGAUUUUCACAUCCGUUUGAAUUAUUUUUAAAAAAUGAUUUCUCUAAUAUCACUUUUGUUGUGGCCUUUUCGGUGACAAGGGUGCCUUAAGACAAAAAGGAAAGAUGGCCUAGCGGUCGUUUUAUUGAGGCGAUUAGGCGAACCUUCCAGUAAUUUUCUUUUGAUUUUUCGGGCACUUUUGAAAAAUCGGAGUUACUUUUAAAGGUUUUUUUCAAACAUUUUUGACGGAAUUUAAAUACAUGAAUCACUUUGAUAAAGAAUGAAACACACGACCUUAUCUGAAAACGGGCCUAACCACAAGUACCUUUUCCGUACUUUCCCAUGUAAAUAAAAUGUGAUUUAAUGUUUUUAGCACACUAUUGUCGUACACUCACUUUAUAUUUCAU